CUGGAUGACCAUGGACCCCACUGAAGACGACUUUGAGGAGGACCCCUACGCCGACUUUCGUCCCCGCCUAAUUAGCGUGCGCACCCCCAGCCCGAGCAUCACUCCCCCGCCCAGCGAGCGGUCCAGCGCCACGUGGAGCGAUGAGGACCAAGCGCGGUUCAGCGAGGGCUCUCUUCCUGCUUCCAGCAGCGCCUCCUCCCAUAAAAGUUUUCCUAAAAUAUUUCAAACGUUUAAGAAAAACUUGUCUGAAGUGACUGUGGAUAGAAAUAUGUAUCCAAGUUUAUAUGAAAGAGUUCAGAUAUCAGUACAAACAGAAGAAAGUUGGCUUCAACAAAAGGCUGCAAGAAUGAAACUACGAAAAUCGCCAUCUCUUGAAUCCAAGGACAAACAACCAGAUCAUCUAGCUUCUAAGAUAAGAGCAAAAUGGGUAGUUAAUCCUGAAGAGCCCAAACUAAAUGUAUUAUAUGAGAUGGAGUUUAAUGAAGACUUUGUAAAGUUGUUUGAAUCUCCUCUAAGGACAUUACCCAGCAUUGGGCCACCGACUAUUCUGGCAUAUAAAAAAGACCAUUCCUUUUUGGACAUUAGCUUAAAGGAUGAAGAGGAUCUGGUACCCAAGUGUGAAUUUUGUGGAAAUGAUCUGCCAUCAUUUCUUUCUAGUAUGGACAUUUACUCUGGCAACUUUCAGGUUAAACCAAAUGCACAAGGGUGCUGUUGUCUUCAGUUACAGAAUCUUAUUGAUUAUAUCAAUGAGGAAUGGCAACACAUCCAAAGCCCUGAAAUGGAAUUAAUCAGUAUUUUGCCUCAUGUAUCCCAAGCCAGUGAAGCUGAAAGAAUGAAGGCAAAGGAAAGAGCUUUGCAGAGAAAACAAGAACGUGAAAUGGCCAGACAGUUGGCAAUGAUGCCUGUUGAGCCAAUCAUCCCGGUCUUUGAAGAAGAACCAAAGCACGUGAGGACAGUUUCUUACCUGCUUUCUGCUUUGCAGAAGAAGGUGAGCAUUAAAUACACAACUGAUACUCAGAUCAGCAACUUCUCCAUCACUUGCUGUGAUUCCAGGAAAACAGGUGGAAAGGAGAUGAAGAAAGAGUUCCUGGAGAAGUGCUACAAGCACGGAAGCAAGUUUCUCACUUCCUUUCCAGAUGGGACAACACAAAUAUUAUAUCCAUCUGGAAAUCUAGCCAUUAUCCAAGUGCCCAACAAGGUAGAUGGUUUUACUUGUAUUGUCCAAGAAGACGCACCCACCAAUCCUGCUAUCCUGGCACUGCUCGACUCCUCCGGCAAAAGCUCCUGCUAUCAUCCCAAUGGAAAUGUCUGGGUAUACAUUAACCUCUUGGGAGGCCAAUACUCAGACCAAGAUGGCAAUAGAAUCCGAACUUGGAACUGGGCAAGUUCCAUGCCUACCUCAUCCUUUGUUUCAUUUAAACCUGUCUUUCUUGCCUUGAACCGUUACAUUGGAAUUCGCAUCAUAGAACAAGACAAGGUCUUCAUUAAUUUUCUAGCAAUGGGCCAACAGGCCAGAAUCAGUGUGGGAACCAAAGUAAUGCUCCACAACCCAGAGGAGAUUCCGCCCCUGAGGUUCCUGAGUGGAGAGGACCUUCUGCUGUUUGCCAACUUGAUAAAAAUCCGGCGGCUGUUCCAUAAGAUGGAAUGUUGUCUGAAUUUCCCCUCAAGUCAAGCUUGGGAAAAAUUUAAGCAACCUCCCUACCUUUCUACAAUCUCUCUAAAACUGCUUGCCCUCUGUCAUAAUUCUGGCAUAAAGGAAGACAUAUUGGCAACAAUUACAAAGCUAGUAAUUGAAAAAUAUUAA